UAUCCUUCCUCACCUGGCCUGGACAGCUUUGCAGUGACUCCUUGGCUGAGACAUAACCUCACACAUCUGCCUGUUUCUGCUCUAAUGACUGCGGAGAAGUAAUGAUGCAAAUGGCAACUGGCACUCAGUUUUGGGGGAACUAUGUGAUUUUGGUGAUGUCUCCUAGCAUCUGUCCAAGUUUUGCUUCACCACUUCAGCAUGUUGUAAAAAGAAAUGAAGUGGCACCCAGCAAACCUAAAACGAAGCUAGAAGAUAUAUCAGGAGCUCUAUUAAAUUUCUUCAAUCCAGUGACAUGUCGUCCCAAAGAAGAUCAAACAGUAGUUGCUUGCCGUGCAGGAGAGAAUAUUAACAAGACUGCUUGUCUGAAAAAUAGAUGUUGUCACUCUUCCAAAAAAAGCAGUCAACUGAGGUGCUAUACCCCACUCAAAGACAGACUUCAGCUGACACUGCGACUGUUUGCACUUGGAAUAGGAGGAAUGAUUAUUUUGGGGUGUCUGCCACUUUUCUGCUGUACAUAUUUACAGGGAAGUAAGUGUGCCAACCCUUUGCUAAGAGCAAACAAAGAAGUUGAGCAAAUUGUUCAGAAGCAAACAGAUACGAGUGAAAACAUUGGUGGCUAUUUACUGGAUUUACUUAGAGAAGAUGCUAAGGACCGCAAGCAGAAGAAGAAAGAGAAAAUGCCAGCUGAUCUUGAACAGCCCGGGCAAGACAAGGAUGCCAAUGUAACCUGAGAGACUGAUUCCUUCAUCCCUCCUGGGCAGUUCCAGAAGCCACCGAUUACAAAACCUGACUUAAUCUGCCAUCGCCUCGAUUGCACACCCUAGACUUUUGUUGUCCAGCAAUGUCCAGAGUGUUGACAUGUGCUGUCCUCAGAUGUCAUAUUUUUUGUCCAGGACCUCAAUCAAUGCUGCUAACGAGCUAACCCAUUAUUCAACUUGGCAAAGCAAGCCACCAAAUAAUCACAGCCCAAGAGAAGAGAGGCCCCUAUGCUCCCUUCUGCACAGCCAAAGGGGGCAAACGGCUUCCAGGCUUUAACUCAGCUUCAGGAUCUGUUCAUUUUUUCCCCUUGGUCCAUGGUGCCAGUGAGCUCGGACCAGAGAAUAAAGCAUAGUCUUGGGGAUCUGCAAGUAAUUGGGCCCCGUUCCUAUGGAUCGCGGCUACUUAUGUAGAGGAAUUUUUCAUUCAUGCUCUGCUGCAAUACCUCACCACCUUGCCUUGGUAGCAGGACAAGGCCAGAAGCCAUGCAGCCAUUGGUUCCCUGCCCAUGGCUUCGCUAUGUGAGUUUUACUCCAGAUCUUCCACGUCUCUUCAGUAGGAGCUUCCUGGUGAGCGUGCUUCCAUCUCAGCAACUUGUCCCUUGCCCUGCUUGGUUUUCCGGCAUGUCCCACAAUCCACAUUGAUUUUUUGCAGGUGCUGUGUGGAAAAGAAGCCAUGCAGGGUAGAGCAGCAUUCAGCAGCCAGUGGCUUUGCUUCACCUCCUCCAGCAUAGGUUUGACUCUGUAGUGACCAAAGGCACUCACGUUACGCUGAUGGCAACUUAGACAGAGGGCUGCCCUCCAAACUGGGAGUUUGCUACUGUUCUUAUAAAAAGUCCUGCUGCAUCCCUUUUUCUUGAUUUCCAGGUAUCUGAUUUUAAGUCUAGAAUGCCAGA